GAGCGGGGCGGGCGGCGCGGCGGGGCUCGCUCGGCGCCGCGGCCGUAACCUCCCGUCUCUCCCUCUCGCAGCGGCGGCGGCGGCGACGAUGCAGGCGGAGUCGGGGAUCGUGCCGGACUUCGAGGUGGGCGAGGAGUUCCACGAGGAGCCCAAGACGUACUACGAGCUGAAGAGCCAGCCCCUCAAGAGCAGCAAUUCCGAGCAUCCUGGCGCUUCCAAGCCUCCCUUAAGCUCCUCCAGCAUGACCUCACGAAUCCUGCUACGACAGCAGCUCAUGCGUGAGCAGAUGCAGGAGCAGGAGCGUCGGGAGCAGCAGCAGAAGCAGCAAGCAGCCCAGUUCAUGCAGCAGCGGGUGCCCGUGAGCCAGACCCCUGCCAUCAACGUGAGCGUGCCCACCAGCCUGCCCCCCGCCACCCAGGUGCCCAUGGAGGUCCUCAAGGUGCAGACUCACCUUGAGAAUCCAACCAAGUACCACAUUCAGCAGGCCCAGCGGCAGCAGGUAAAGCAGUACCUCUCUACCACUCUAGCAAAUAAACAUGCCAACCAAGCCCUGAGCUUGCCAUGUCCAAACCAGCCCGGGGAUCAUGUCAUGCCACCUGGAACUGGAAGCAGCGCUCCCAACAGCCCGAUGGCAAUGCUCACCCUCAACUCCAACUGUGAGAAAGAGGGAUUUUAUAAAUUUGAAGAGCAAAGCAGGGUUGAGAGUGAGUGCCCGGCUCUGAAUACACACUCACGAGCAUCAUGCAUGCAGAUGGAUGAUGUGAUCGAUGACAUAAUUAGUCUGGAGUCAAGUUACAAUGAAGAAAUCCUCGGCUUGGUGGACCCAGCCCUGCAAAUGGCAAACACGUUGCCUGUGUCUGGCAAUUUGAUUGACCUUUAUGGCAACCAAAGCAUGCCUCCUCCAGGACUAAACAUCAGCAACUCAUGUCCAGCUAAUCUUCCUAAUAUAAAAAGGGAGCUCACAGAGUCGGAAGCAAGAGCGUUGGCUAAGGAGAGGCAAAAGAAAGACAACCACAACUUGAUUGAACGAAGAAGAAGAUUUAAUAUUAAUGAUCGUAUAAAAGAACUGGGCACCUUGAUACCCAAGUCAAACGACCCGGAUAUGCGCUGGAAUAAGGGAACGAUCCUGAAAGCCUCCGUGGAUUACAUCCGUAAGCUGCAGAGGGAACAGCAGCGCACGAAGGAGCUGGAGAACAGACAGAAGAAGCUGGAACAUGCCAACAGACACCUGCUGCUCAGAAUACAGGUUUGCUGAUAAAUAAGCUGCAAGUGCUCUUCAUGUUUGCAGCGUGUGACUGUAGUACAUUUUUCUGGGCGCUGGGCCUAAGGAAUUGGGACUUCAUAAAUCACCUGUUUGUUGAUAUUUAUGAAAUGCAGUUUGGCUGCUUGGGAGUUUUCCCCAUACCUUGAUGUCUGUAGGACAGUACAACAGUUCUUCUCAGCACUGAAAAGCAGUAAGUGGCAUAAAUACGUUUUCUCUGUGUGUUGUUGCCUUGUUGGAUUCACCCAGAUUCCCACUGUUCUGUGCUACACAGAGAUCUAAGGGUGAGAACUCCAUUUCUCUAAUUAAUUCCUUUGCCUUCACCUCAAGCUGGAUAGGCAAUCUUAACCUUGCAGCCUACACAACUUUUGUUGUCACCUCUGUUGUCCAGGUGGGCAAAGACAGCUGGAUAUCCACCCUUCUCUGAAAAAGGGUAAUUAGUGUAUCUAGAAUUGGGUGUAAGAACACGUGACAUAGAGACAGUGAUAUCCCAGAUAUCCUCAUGUUGCUGCUCACCUGCAGUGCGAACAGCUGAGCUCUGCAUGGAGCUGCAGUGUGCCAGGAGACCCCUGAACCACAGCCCAGCUAAUCCACCAAGGAGAUAAUGAAGCUACAAAUACCUGGGAGUCAAGUGUGGAAGUAAACAGCUUUAAAAUAGAACAGGCUGGGUUGAGCUUCAGUGCAGUUUUUGUACUUGGUUGAACAGUCUGCUUGUUAGAGUGAGAUGAUAAAAACUCACAACCCUUCUGCAGAGCAACAUCAAGCAGUGGUGCUUCAAAGCUGAGAUCACUUUUAAAACAUCUUUCAUCUUCCUUUGCAUUAUCCAUUUGCUCUGGCUCCUUCAAUCAAAAUAAUAUAAGACCCAGACCCUUGAAUAACAGGCAAUACAUCUGGCAGCAAAUGUGUAUUUUCCCUUUUUGUGUCAAUUCUGAUUAAGCACAGAAUAGGGAACUCCUGAUUUUGGCACAUUAGCUGAUGAAAGAAGUGCUUUCUUAUUCCACCUUCUCUCUUCAUCUUGCAGUGUACCAUUGCAAGCUUGUUGUCUUAGCUCGAAAAUGGGGGAAAGGGUUAUUAAUCAACUUCAGUGACAGGAAUAUCCAGAAACAGCACAAUCACAACAGUGAUUGUGAUUGUCUAAUAUAAGUAGAAGCAAAACAUCUCUUUUACUGAUGUAUUUAUGAAAGGCCAUUUAAGUGAAUUCUUCUAUUAUCUGUUUUCAGUCAAGUGCAUCUGUAUGAUUAAAUGUGAAGGUGGGAUUUAAACUUUCCGGGGAGAUUUGAAGAAUCCUGGCUGUGUGUGAAGUCUAAGACCUUCCUGUGACUUGCUUGUUUUAUUUCAGUGCAGAAAUAGUGUUGCUCAGUUUUGGUUGAUCUCUUUGAGCUCUGCUAGACUUGUAGAAUUAGAAAUGUCCCUUCCUAUAGACCUGCUAUGCCUUCACAUAUGACUUCAUAAAAGUACUAAGCAUAUGCUUCUGCUAUUUCAUUUUUUCCUAUUUUUAAAUGUUUUCCUCACCGUUUGAUGCCAAACUUGCCUAUCCUGGCACUGGUUUGAGAAAGAGGCCUGAGGGGAAACAUGUUUGUGCUACAGAGCACUGGGUUUUGGCUCUGGUGUAGGUUCUGAAGAGGAGUGUGAAGGACCUGUGUGGGGUGGUGUUCACCCACCUCUUCAAGAGACUGAUGUUCAGGUGCAAAUUUGCAGGGCUGGAGUGUGCAAGGUCACUAUGGGAGAGGGAGGAAAUGUGUACAGGAGAAGAAAACUCCUAGUUGCAAAGUGAGUGUAAGAUGACAGAUUUUCCUUUCAGAUUUUCUUUUAAUUUGUCCCUUUUCCUCCU